AAAAAGCUUUACAUGCCCACCACCCACCCCCUAGGUCUCACCACCCGUUGCUAGACUAUUGGUCGUUCCGGUGCUUGGGUCGGCAGACGUAUGAAUCAUGGCGGAAAGAUCGCAACAAGCUUCGGCGGCUGCCAAUACCGCAGACACGAUAACGCCUGUCGAAAACACUACCCGGACCCACGCCGUUAACUCGCGAGCAGAUAAGGCAGCGCAGUUCAUCGCUGAGCAUGGCGAGGUCGCGUUCGACUACGAGGAGGAACGGAAAGUCGUCCGACGCAUCGAUAUGCGGAUUCUUCCGUUGAUUCUCGGCGCGUACUUCUUCCAGCAAUUGGACAAGUCCUCGCUGUCGUAUGUUUCGAUCUUCGGUAUCAUGGAUGAUGCUCAUCUCAAGUCGAUCGAGUACUCCUGGCUUGGAUCUGUUCUGUACAUCGCGCAGCUUAUCUUCCAGCCGCUUGCUGCGUUCUUGUUGGUAAAGCUUCCCACGGGUAAAGUCAUUGGGACGGCUGUUGUUGGUUGGGGUGCUUGUGCCGCGAUUAUGGCAUCGUGCACUAACUUCAAAUCCCUUCUGGCACUACGUUUCCUCCUAGGUUCAUUCGAAUCCAUGAUCGCUCCAUCAUUGCUAGCCGUUACACAGAUGUGGUGGCGACGCUCCGAACAGACCUUACGAGCCUCGUACUGGAACGCCAUGAAUGGCUUGACCUUCAUCGUUGGUAGCCUGGUGACAUACGGUCUCGGUCACAUCGUAAGCGACAAGAUCUACCGAUACCAGACGAUCUUCAUCUUCUGCGGUGUCUGUACCGUUAUUUUCGGCGCUAUUUUCUUGAUAUUCAUGCCCGACUCCCCAAUGGAGGCCAAGUAUCUGAACGAGCGCGAACGAAUUAUUGCCGUGGAGCGUCUUCGCGCGAACCAGAUGGGUGUAGCGAGCCGUCAGUGGAGAUGGGACCAUGUCAAAGAGACGUUCACAGACUUUAAGACGCUGUUGUGGUUCAUCCUCAUCGUCGCGAUCUCAAUUGCCAGUGGUGGUAUAAGCACGUUCGGUAAUCUUAUCCUCAAGGACUUCGGCUACACCAAUUUCAAUGCUAUUCUCUUCAGCAUGCCGACGGGAGCCAUUCAGAUCGUCAUUAUCAUCGGCUCAGCUUGGUUAGCUACUAAGAUCGGGCGGAAGGGCAUUGUUAUUACAGGGCUUUCUUGCCUUCCUACUAUUGGGACCGUCAUCAUGUUGACGGUAAGCCGUAAUGAGCAAAACAAGGGAGUUCUCCUGUUAGGCUACUAUCUUGUCCAAUGCUUGGGCGCGAUUACUCCGAUGGUUUACGCGUGGUCCGCCCAGAAUACGGGUGGUGAUACCAAGAAAAAGACGAGUUCGGCUAUGAUGUUCAUGGGAAUGUGCACUGGAAAUAUUAUUGGUCCUCUCUUAUAUAAUACGAAGGAUGCACCUCUGUACCGCCCUGGGCUGAUCGCAAACUUGGUCAUGUUCGUCACCUGUGGUGUACUUGGAAUUCUCAUCCCCAUGUAUCUUAUGGUCUUAAAUAGAUGGCACGCCAAGAAGCGGGAAGCACUCGGGAAGCAAGCGAAUGUAGUCGACGAGUCAAUGGUUAGGAGAAAGGAUAUGGAACAAAGCAAGGCCGUCGAAAUUGAACAGAACGAGCAAGCGGGAACGAAUAUUGAGGACGACAAUGGGUUGAAUGAUCUUCCUGAUCUGAAGAAUGAGGAUUUUAUUUACGUAUAUUAGCGAUGUGAUGUAGAUUCACUAUAGCAUUGAAUGAUUUAGCUUAAAA